GCCCGCUUGGACUCGGGACUCUCCCUGAAAUUGCAAGCGCACCAAGCAACUCCAUAGCCGGGUUCCAUCAACCCAGCCAGCCACCACGAAGCCCACGAGCAGGGGUGCCCCAGUUCCCGUUUCUCUCGCGUAGAAGCAAUCGCCAUUGCCGGAAUCUUCAGACGAGGAAGUAAUGGGGGCGACAGGCCCGGACGCCGAUGAGAAGGAGGAAGGGGUGAUGGCGACGGACUUCUUCUGGUCGUACACGGACGAGCCGCACGCGUCGCGCCGCCGGGAGAUCCUCGCCAAGUACCCCCAGAUCAAGGAGCUCUUCGGCCCGGAUCCUUUGGCCUUCCUCAAGAUUGCUGCAGUUGUCACACUUCAGCUAUGGACUGCUAUGCUCCUGCAAGACGCUGGCUGGUUGAAGAUAUUGAUGGUUGCCUACUUCUUUGGUUCCUUUCUGAAUCACAAUCUCUUCCUUGCGAUCCAUGAACUCAGUCACAAUCUUGCCUUCACCACGCCAUCUUUAAAUCGCUGGCUAGGUAUCUUUGCAAACCUCCCCAUUGGUGUCCCAAUGUCCAUAACAUUCCAGAAAUACCACCUGGAGCACCACCGCUUCCAAGGUGUGGAUGGAAUCGACAUGGAUAUCCCCAGCCAAGCAGAGGCGCACGUGGUCAAGAAUGCCAUCAGCAAAUCUGUGUGGGUUGUGCUCCAGCUCUUCUUCUAUGCACUUAGGCCACUCUUUCUGAAGCCAAAGCCUCCAGGCAUGUGGGAAUUCACCAACCUUACAAUCCAGAUCGCGCUCGACGCCAUGGUGGUGUACCUCUACGGUUGGAAAUCGCUCGCCUAUCUGAUACUCUCGACGUUCGUCGGUGGUGGCAUGCACCCUAUGGCCGGCCACUUCAUCUCGGAGCACUACGUCUUCAACCCAGACCAGGAGACCUACUCGUACUACGGGCCGCUGAACCUGAUGACAUGGCAUGUAGGGUAUCACAACGAGCACCAUGAUUUCCCCAGAAUCCCAGGCACCAAGCUGCACAAGGUGAAGGAGAUCGCACCGGAGUACUACAAUAGCCUGAAGUCAUACAGGUCCUGGAGCCAGGUGAUAUAUAUGUACGUCAUGGACCAGACGGUUGGCCCUUUCAGCCGGAUGAAGAGAAAGGCGCCCAAAAAAGACUCUUAGAAAAACUCUGCAUGUAGUGUUAUUUUUGCCAGAGAUUAGUUAUUUCAGAUGAUGCUUCCCCGGACAUUCGGCUUGUAAUUGUAACUUUUGGGAACCGGCACUUGUACCAACUCACUGGUUAUUUUCUACUGGAGCGCCCUUUUUG